ACGGACAGUUCCGUUCCACAAUAAGAAAAAUGUCGGGAGCGGGCAAAAGGACUUACCUCCGCGAGGUGAAUCCCUAUCUCGUUUGCCUGUUGUGCAGGGGGUACCUCAUAGACGCGACCACCGUCGUCGAGUGCUUGCAUUCGUUUUGCAGAAGCUGUAUUUUGAAGCAUCUGAACACGGAGGCCCAGUGUCCGUCUUGCAAACAUGUUCUCAACAAGGCGAAGCCGAACAUUAAAGCGGACAAGGCGUUGCAAGAAAUCGUGUACAAAUUAGUUCCCGGAUUGUAUCACAAAGAGAUGCGCAAGAGAAGAGAGUUCUACAAGAAACAUCCGGAGCAUGCGGAUUUCGCGACACCGGAGCAACGCGGCGAAGACGUUAGCGGAAGACUGAUCUUCGCUCCGGAGGAUGCGGUCAGUUUGAGCUUAGAGUACCUGCCACCCGGGGCAGAUCCUCUGACGAUUCUGCUCAGCACCAGCGACGACGCGAACAACUUGAAUGGAUUAAACAACCACAAUAACAACAGCAGUAGUGGUAACAGUAACACCGGAAAUCAUAAUAUGAACUCCACGAGCAACAGACGGUACCUUCAGUGUCCCGCGCUGGUGACUAUAGCGCAUCUAAAGAAAUUCCUGGCUUUGAAGUACAGCGUCGACAUGACCAGAUAUACGAUUGAAAUUUGCCAUCGGCGUGCUCCACUUCCGGAACACUGGACGCUCAUGGACGUCGCUUACAUUUACGCGUGGAAAAGGAAUGCACCGAUGCGAUUUUUUUACCGAGUAGCCUUGGAGGAGCAGCGAUUGGAGGUACCACCUCACGACAGGCCUUCCACUCCCGGUUUGGGCGCUAGUUUACCUCCAGUGGACGCAGCAGUCAUCUCUAUGCCAGACAACGUGAACAAGGAAAACACGCAGAGCAACGUGGAAUCGAAGCCUGAGAUCGAGAAAACGAAGAAUCGCGAGGAGAGAGCCACGUUAGACGCCAGGAACGAAGUUCCAAGUGAGAAGAUGCGGGUUUCGAGUGGACAGAAGCUCGCGGCGGAACCCAAGAACGUCGAGGCGAAAGCGGAACAACCGUUGAGCAGUGCCGCGGUGUCGACUACAGUCACAUCGACGACGAUUUCACUCGGCACGACGAAUACGACGAAUACGACGACUACGACAACCACGCCGGUGACUAAUACGAGUCCUUCUACUACCACCGCGAAUAACGAGGGUACGAAACAAAUUAAAACGCCCAUCAAGAUACUCAAGAAUCCAGACGGACGGUACGAAGUGUUGAGAAGCCCGGCCAUCAGCUGGAACUCGAAGGAACAGAGCUCAACGAGCACAGAGCCGAAAUCGUCCAGCCCCGAGUUCAGCGUGGUCAGCAUAGGCAGCGGGCAGAACUCAAACGGCGUGAAGAUAACGCUGAAGCAAUGCACGCCGAACAAUACGAGCCCCAAGAAACCUAAGGUUAUCAGCAACGUUUUGUUGCAUUGCGGCCAGACGGAGAAAGACGCGGCGAGCGCGUUGGUCAUCCAACAGAUCCAAAGAGACCGGGAGAAGCAACAAGCGGACAAACAAGAGAAGCAGAGACGCAGGGUCACGUUCAUGGAUCGAUCGACUCCCGAGAAGCCAGUGAACAACGCGUUGAAAGCCACGCCGAAGAGACCCGGCGAGCAACAAGAGAAGAAACAAUUCCUUCAAGGGUUCCAAUUGACCGCUAGAGAAACGGGGACCGAUUCCUUAUUGGACUCGAGUUCGAAGUUGACCGAGGCCAGUGCCACCGGUGAUCCUAGCGAUGCUCAAACCAAGAGUAACAACGGCGCGACGAAAAAGGAAGAGAACUCGAAGAUCGAGGCGUCGGUCAGCGCGGAUGGACAGAAUAAAAAUAACGUGGAGAACGGUACUGGUGUUAAUGCGAUCGGAUGCACCGCGAACGCGAGUAAACGCGUGCCAACGGUGAGCGGAAUUAGCGGCAAUGCGCGAGUGAAUGCGAACAAACAGUGCAGUGAGGUGGAUACGCGAGCGUUCGGUUAUGCGAAGAGUUCUAGUGCGACCACCGUGAACGUGAACGUUAACGCUACCGGUAAUCCCGCGAAAGUCGAUGUGUAUACUUUCUCCAACGACCCACCGGUGGUCCCAGCAGGAGCGGUUAAGAGGAAAUGUCCACCGGGUUUGCCGAUCUUCGACGUUAAACGCAAGAGGCAGCAACAGGUUCACACGCAGACCGCGAAGAAACAGGCACCUGUUACGGUACCAUCCUCCCCUCUGCCGACUACCAUUCCGAACAACGUCAAAUCACCUCGGAAGCUGGCUACCGAGCAUGUUAUCCCCACGAAGAGACCGACCACCGUAAUCGGAGAAGCUGGUCCCAGUCGAGCUCCACCCACGCAGUGCCCGAAAUCCCCUUCGAAUCCAAUGCUCUCGAAUGACACGAGAAACAUCUUAGACGGCUGCGGACUGAACAUCCCCGCGAGUCUCAGCAUAACUCUGACCGCGCCGAAAUCCCCGGGCAGUAGCGGUGGCUUCGUGGAGCCGAACGAUUCCAAAGAUAAUCGAAAGAACGCGCUGGGAAAGGUGAGCCCCAGCAUCACUUUGAACGAUCGAUCCGUGGAUCCGCGUGUAUUGAAAGCACUGAAGGCUGGCCAGAUUAAGAUGCCAGCGCCGCCUAAACCGAGGCAGACCAAGCAACCGGAGCGGGAGAUGAACCAACAACGACAAACGCCCACCGGAAAGCGAAAGAGAGAGCAGGAGUCUAGGGACAUCCUGGACCUGAGCGGCGGAAAGAAAGUGGAUAUGCAUCCUCUGAGAAUACCGCAACCAGUUGCUAAGUUGAAAGCGAAGUCGUCGAUCAGAGACAACAUGCCGAACAUGUCCGACCAGGGCCAGGUGGUAACACUGAUGGGUGGUCACAGGUAUUACAGAGCACCACCUGGUUCCCUGACUCCGGCAGCUCAUCGAGUGAGCGACUGUCCGAUUCCCACUCCAGCGCGCACACCGGUCUACGCGCCAGGACUUUCGAGUCCUAUGAGCAACAAUCGGUCAGGCACGAACCUCUCGUCCGUUUUUCCAAGCUUACAGAGCCUCUACGCUCUGAGCCAAGCACCGAAUCUUCAACAGUUCCAAAUGGACGCGAGGCUGAGGCUACCACGGCCAACGGACGUAAAUUCCUCUGGCAUUAACAUCGAUAACAGAAGUGUGAACAGCAGCUUGCCAGGGAAGAGUCACUUAGCUGCGCAAUGCGCGCCGGUGAAACCAGCCAGAUCCUCGGUCGCACCUCUGGCCGUGCCUAUUAGCAAGCAGCCGCAACAACAGCAGCAGCAGCAGCAGCAGCAACAGCAACAGCCGAGCGAGAGAUCCCCAACUGCUGCUACCGCCUGCUUGAAUCGCGUUCUCGCCAACGAGAUCAACAAAACCGCCUCGUUUCGAACCAACGAUUCGUUGGAUUCUACUGACAGUGGUCAGCAGCAAUUGUCCGUCCAAACCAAGUAUCCUGCGACCGCGGAGAGUAACAACCGGUACUCGCCGCGAAGCAGCACUAACAACACUGGAAACAGCGAGGACAAGACGUCCACGGAGAUACCUCGCGAUUCGAGCGUAGAAUCGAACAACGAUUCCAAGAAGGAACCACCGGACGAUUCAACGCGGCAGACGCCUCAUCGAGAAGCGGCUAGCCCCAGAGUGUCGUCGACGGCUUCUCCGUCGCCGCCACCCGGUGAUAAUAGCUCAAACGCGAACAAUGAAAACGUUGCUGGUCGCAACGAUAACGUGAGCACCGGUUCGAAUGGAAUCGACAACGAUGUACCUGCACCGAGCCCGGCGAAGAGCAACUCGACCGCCGAAGUGUCGAGCAGCAAAUCACCGGCCAGUCCGGACUCCAGCUCGGUGACGAUCGAGAGCAGCCCCUCCAGCAAAGGUUGCUCCACGGUAGAGCAAGGAUUCCCGUCCCCGUCGGAUGGAUCCAAACCUACUUCCGAGCGUUCCACGAAAACAGAAAACGCCGUCGCUGAUGAGACGACGACCACGGACACGGAAAAGAAACCCGCGUUCAAGCAGUCCGACGCGAAGCAAUUGACCUCGGAGAUGUUCCAGAAGAGACUGUUGGCUGCGUUCCCGUCGAACGAGUGGGCGAACAACCCCAUAGCUGCCGAACAUCUCGGCAACUUCCUGAAGAGCCUGAACGCGUCCAUCAAGUCCGAGGCUAAGUUGGAGGGGAUCGCCGCAGAGAAGAUCGAGGCUCAAUUGGCGUGCAACGACGCUACAACCCGCCUGAACAAUGAGGCUUCUUCGAAGUCUCGACCGGACGUUGCUGAACGGUCUUAACCACGUGAUACGCUCUGUGUACGAGCGAAAUAAUUCUUCGUCGGGGAAAGGGAGAAAGCUACGACACUGCCAGAUGCGUAGGUCUCGCGAAAUGAAUUGAUCCUAAAGGUCGGUUCUCUGUAGUACCGGGUAGAAUCAGAUUAACGCGAACAGGGGUGCUUUGGUUCUUCGACGUGUGACUCCAAUCCAAUUGAUAAGGACUCGUUGAACGCUAGUCGAGAAUCGCACUAUUGUACCCUGAUCACGUGCUGUCUUACUACCACCCUUUGCAAAUUUUAAAAAUCUCCUGGGAUCCUUGCACGGUAAAGUACACGUUUUAAAUGUCAACGACAACGAAAAUCUACUAACGUUACGAGUCUACGUUUUAUUGUGCAAACGAGCCCUGCUCUAGUAAUUUUAUCGACAAAGAAAAUUGGAGACCCACGGGGUUCGCCUCUUUCUCUGAUCCUCCCGGCUGCGCGUGCGUCUCGUUUGGUUCAAUUCAUUUCGGGCCAGUAUACCAAUGUUAUCGAAUGUCUUUUAGCGUGGAUAAACGAAACAAUUUGUAUCAUCUAUUUUGAACGCUUGGAAACCUUAUAGACGGAGCGUUCUGUGCAACGAGGCAACGAUAGAACCGUGCGGGGAUAGGUUUCACGUAGAACGAUCCUACCACCGGCUGUAUCAGCUAUUCACGGAACGCUUUGUAUGGAACACGGUUCACCCGCGUCGUACAAUACAGGGAGAAAAUACAGCUCGGACGCUGGAAGAUUUUAUUUUUUCAAAUUUUUUAAGGACACACGUGUACACACGGACACACAGACACACAGGCACACCCUCCGUGGAAUUUUAAGCUGUGCGCAGUUGCUUCACCGAGUGUGCAGCGUUACGGGAGUUCCGCGAUUCGCCGAGAAACUUUCGCAAUAAAAUUAUCGAAGCGGCCACGAUUUUCGAAUCUUUCGUACGCGAGGGGUUCUCGCGGAGAUUAUGUCGGCUCGUACGAUUCUGUUGCUUUUCACGUGGCGAUUGUUCCUAUCACGGUCCAAAUGGAACUAUGCGAAAGCGGAACGUUUGACCAAGUACCUCGCAUUGAAUUAUGAAUUUUCGAUCAGAUUCGCUGGUCGUUCAGGGUUCACGACCCACCCCAAUCCAUUGCCUUUAGAUGAUCAUGAACGACCCGUGAGUUUCUACGUCGACGUGAAUCGUGAUUCGUUUGAUCUUUUCAUUGAUCGCCGUUCAAAUGAUUGAUCACACCGGGCUGCGUACGUUUAGAGAGCUUUACAUGUUUUCGGAGAAAUUUACAAAAACGAGAAUCGAAUGAAAAAUUGGUUUCCCUUGUUGAUCGAAACUUUCUCAACCCUUUCGCUACUACGACACUUGCCAAAUAUUAAUAAAUCGACCACUACGGUGCGUGGCGGUGUGGAAAUUUGUAAUUGCGUGUUCCCUGCUGAAAUAAUAUGUCAACUAAUCAUUUUUCGUUUAAGCGUACACGUAAUAAGGAAUCGACGCUUUCCUUAUACGAUAUAAUAUUUUAACAGUAAGACCACAUGGGCCGUUACAGGACCUUUCGUACGCAAAAUAUCUUUGUGUACGGCGACAACAGUGCCAUCUAGUGGCGAAAGGGUUAAACUGGCGAUGAAGUAAAAUCCUCUGUCGAUACUUUUUAAUGAGUUUACUGAUAAGUAAAUCGUAAUAAACCGAUCACAGGAAUAGCGUCGAAUCAACAGAACGAAAAUUUCGUAGCCACUGGGAAAACUGUUUUUGAAAAACUUUUCCUAUUCCUCUAACAUAUGAAUUGUGCGAGUUAGAAAGCACACAGGGACCGAAAAUCGAAGGAGAAUGUCCGGAGAAACUAGGAUACAAUUAAUUGUAUAACGUAUGGACGAUAUCUACGCUAUUGUUAGUUUUUUAUUUACCUUCUUUGCGUUACGUUUCACUAUGAGUUACUACUAUGUAUACGUUGUACGAUAAUUGUUAUGUUAUGCAACUGUAUUAUAUUACAUGUAUUAUUUCUUGAUUUGUAUAUAUUUAUAAUUAUACUUAGUCAGUCGUUCUUCGCGAAACGCGCGCAAAAUCCUAUUACUCUGUAAGUCCAACAACGUUUCUAUUCAAAUCGAUUUGGGAACCUCGUGAGAAAGAUCGCCAAAAGUUUUAGAGCAUAACCGCAUCGAACGCAUUGUUGCGAUAAGGUGGACAUUCAUUUCGAAUAAUAGAGAGAACGGACAUGUAACAACUGAAGGAAUAUAUUAUUAUAUACCUAAAAGUAAAAUCGUCACCAUUUUUCUUUGUCCCUCUAUCAUUGGCGCGAAAGCAAUUCAAACUUUGUCAACCAUCUUGGAAUAACGGUAUUGAGGAAAUUCGAGUGUUUUCAUUAUCGUCGUAUUAUAUUAACAAUUGACUCACCGAUUCGUUCCCAUCAUUGUUCUCGUUUCUCGGAAACAACAACGGAUUGCCGGACCUGUAAACAAUCCGAAAAAUUCUAUUACAACUCUGUUGCAACUAAAUUGCAUAGCGACCAUAUUACGAGUCAGGGGAUCGAAGUUCGAAGAUUUUAUUCUCUUUAUCAUGGCAAGAACAUGAUACCUCUACUCCUUAUCGCGAUGAAUUCUUGUUUUGAAGUGUACUGUAUCAUUUCCUGCUACAUUUUCAUCCAAUCAACACAAAAUAAGUUACAUGCUUUAGAAUUCAAAAAUUUUAGGCAACCGUUACGUCCGCGCUACUGCGUUCUGCAAACUACUAGCUGAUCAUUCUUCCGAAGCAGUGUUGC